AUGAAGCAAAGAAUUAGCUCGUUAGAUCUAGAGCUUCUCUACAGAGAGCUAAAAUCGCAACUUGAGGGCUACAGAUUGUCUAACAUCUACAACAUUGCAGAAUCGAGCCGGCAGUUUUUAUUAAAAUUCAACAAGCCAGACUCAAAGCUUAAUGCUAUUAUUGACUGUGGGCUGCGUGUCCACCUGACUGAUUUCACGCGGCCCGUCCCGGCAACGCCCUCUGGAUUUGUGGUGAAAUUACGCAAACAUCUGAAAUCAAAGCGCCUUACAACAGUAAAAAGAGUGGCAAAUGAUAGAAUCCUGGUCCUUAGCUUCAAUGAUGGUCAAUUCUUUUUGGUCUUGGAAUUCUUCAGCGCGGGCAAUGUUAUCCUGUUAGACUCGGAUCGUAAGAUCAUUGUUCUGCAGAGGAUCGUCCAUGAACACGAAAACAAAGUUGGCCACAUUUACAACAUGUUCGAUGGUAGCUUCCUCGAAAACACGCGCAUUGAGCCCCCCAAGUCCAAAGUUCAUUCUGCUGACGAAGUAAACGGAUGGAUCAAGGAAGCGAAGGACUUUGCUGAUUCAUCUGUGAAGGCAAAAACCGGAAAAGGCGCAAAGGUGCUUUCCAUUCACAAGCUUUUGUUUUUACGAGAGCCUCAGCUCUCGUCAGAUCUCAUUUCUAGAAAUCUUAAAUCCAGAGGCAUUGCCCCAAAUUCGCCUUGUCUCAACUUUUUAGACAAAAUCGACGAAAUAGUUGACUUGUUGGACGCGACAGAAUCAGAAGUCAACGAGCUUCUCAGAGAUGGUUGCAAGCUUGGAUAUAUUAUUGCUAAAAAAAAUCCUCACUAUGAUAGCGAAAAAGGUGAUGCAAAUCUCGAGUUUGUUUAUGAACAGUUCCAUCCAUUUCCGCCUCAUUUGUCUGAGGACGAAAAGGGGUAUACCAAGAUAAUUGAAGUCCCUGGGCAAUACAACAAAACCGUCGAUGACUUCUUCUCUACUAUUGAAUCUUCCAAGUACGCGUUACGAAUUCAAAACCAAGAAUUCCAAGCCAAAAACAGACUGGAAAGCGCGAAGCUCGAUAACGAGAAGAGGAUACAGGCUUUAAUCGAUGUGCAAACCCAAAAUGAGGUAAGGGGACAUGCAAUAAUAGCCGCGGCAGAUCUCGUAGAAGAAGCGCAGAAUGCCAUCAAAGCGCUUGUUGAACAGCAAAUGGACUGGAAAACAAUUGAGGUUUUGAUUUCAAACGAGCAAAAAAAGAAUAAUAGGAUUGCGCGCCUAAUCAAGCUUCCGCUAGAUCUUAAAAACAAUAAAUUCACCUUGAGUCUGCCUCGCAAUGAUGAAAUAGAAAGCGAUAAUUCGGACGAAGAAGAGGACAAUCUAACUUCCUCUGAAGAUGAGACAUCUAGUUCCGACAGUUCUGAUAGUUCUUUGUCCGACUUCGAAGCUGAUGAUAAUGAUGAAGAUGAGUUAACGAGCGUUUCUAAUAUAAAAAAAGAUAGAAACGAUAACAAAAAAAAGGAGAAACCCUCGAUAGACGCAACAAUUGAUUUAACGCUAUCAGCUUAUGCCAACGCCUCCAAUUAUUUCAAUAUUAAGAAAUCUAAUGUUGAGAAGCAGAAAAAGGUGGAAAAGAAUGCGCAAAAGGCACUGAAGAAUAUCGAGCAAAGGAUAGAAAAAGAUUUGAAGAAGAAAUUGAAAGAGUCGCAUGACGUGCUCAAUAAGACCAGGAAGCCAUAUUUCUUCGAGAAAUUCCAUUGGUUCGUCUCAAGUGAAGGAUUUUUGGUGCUGAUGGGCAAAAGCGGAAUGGAAUCUGAUCAAAUAUACGGCAAGUACAUCCACGAUAAUGAUGUCUUUGUCUCUAACAGCUUCGACACGCACGUAUGGAUAAAAAACCCAGAUGAAACCGAAGUUCCGCCUAAUACGCUAAUGCAGGCGGGCAUCAUGUGCAUGUCAGCAUCUCCUGCUUGGUCCAAAAAAAUUCAAUCAUCAGCGUGGUGGUGUUUCGCCAAAGAACUUAGCAAAUUCGAUAACUAUGGUGGUGAAGUUUUGCCAGCUGGCACUUUCCGACUCAAAGACGAAAAGAAAAAGUCGUUUUUACCUCCCUCGCAGUUGGUAAUGGGAUUUGCACUUUUAUGGAAGACGAAAGACUCCGAUGAGGAAGAGGAGGAAGAUGGGGCCGAUGAUGAGGACCAGGAUGACGAAGAAGCACAAAAAGAGAAGAGCGUGUUAGACGAGGAUGCGGUGCCAGGGCAAGUACAAGGUAAAGACGAUGAACUUGAAAUUAGCAAAGACGAAAAUCGAAGAAUCGAUGAAGGAUUCGUGAUAGGAAAGAAAAUGGAGGGUGUGAAGGAGCAUCAGUCACCUACCAAGUCCACAGACUUAAAGUCCGUCAAGGAAAAAAGUGACAGCGAUGAGGUGCCAGUAACCACAGGUCUGUAUCCCAAGAUAUCAAAUUCUGACAGUGAUGUUCAGGCUGAUAAAGAGCCAAGCGAGCAGAGCGAAACCAACAACAAUUCAGAAAAUGGGAGUGCUUUCUCAGAUAAAUCAGGUUCUAACAAAGAAACCAUCAAGAAAAAUGUCCGCGGCAAAAAAGGCAAAAUGAAGAAAAUGCAAAAGAAAUAUGCGGAUCAAGACGAGGAAGAGCGGUUGAUGAGGCUUGCUGUACUAGGAACCUUGAAGGGCUCCGAGAGACAACAGCAAAAGGCUGAAGAGGAAGCGGCAAAACUAAAGGAGCGGGAACAAAAAAAAUUCAGACGCGAAAGACAGAAAAAACAGCAGUCUUUGAUGUUUGGCUCAGAGCAGAAAGUCAACGUCAACUACGCGAAGAUUUUCAGCGAAAUCAGCCCUGUUGUUGACGAUAAAAGCAAAGUUCGUGAUAUAGUUCCAGUUUACGCUCCAUGGCCUGCAUUAACAAAGUACAAGUACAAGGUUAAAGUCCAGCCUGGUAAUGCCAAGAAGACUAAGUCUUUGAACGAGAUAUUAACAUAUUUCUCUAAAAGGAAAGUUGAUGAAACGGAAAGUGAUAAAGAGCUCGACUGGCCUUGCGAGCACGAGCUCAUCAAGAAAUUGAAGGAACUAGACCUCGUUUCUAUACUAUACACAGAUAAGCUUAAGAUUACUAUCCCAGGCCAAAACGAAGUGAAGAGUAAAACCAAGGGAACUCCCAGUAGUAAAGGGAAGAAAAAGGGGAAAAAAUGA